UUUAGUGAUUUUUAGGUUAUGUAAUGGUAAUGUCAAAACAUUGCCUUUUUAUUUUGUUUAUGGUUUUUUGUACGUAAAUUGUGAUAUAUCGGAAUGUCUAGUCAGAAAUAUACAAAUACAGUUUUAUUACUAAAAACUCAAAGCAACGAAACAUCUGAUAAAUACGCACAAUUAUUAACUGACAACGGUUUUCAGGCGAGACAAGUAAAGACUUUAGUAUUUCAAUUUAAAAACUUAAACAUACUAGCUGAGAAACUUAAUAAAGCCAGUUUAUAUUCAGGUAUAAUAUUUUCAAGUCCUCGAUGUGUACAGGCCGUUAAAUUGGCUUGUCAAGAAGCUGAUAUCAACAUCAAAGAUUGGCAGUCGAAAAAUAAUUUUGUGGUAGGAACAGCAACUUACACAGAAGCCCUACAAAGUCUAGGUUUUGAAUGCAGGGGAAGUGAUAGUGGAAAUGCAGUAAAUUUAUUAGAAUACAUGAAAAAAGUUGUUGACGACCAACACAGCCUGUUUUUAUAUCCCCAUGGAAAUUUGAAAAGCGAUAGUUUCAGUAAAGUAGAAGAGAAACAAAAGAUUCAAGUGGAAGGUGUGUUAGUAUAUCAUACAAUAGAUAAUCCAAAUGUCGAAGAAGAAAUUAGUGAUGCCACUAAUAAUUUUACAGAAACUCCAGAAUUUAUGGUAUUUUUUAGUCCUUCUGGUUUAGAAAGUUCAAUAGAAUACCUUAGAAAACUGCCUCUGUUUGAGUCAAGUAAAUUAAUGGCCAUUGGUCCAACAACGGAGGCUGCUAUGAAAGAUUUAAGUCUUCCUGUUUUUGGUGUAGCUAAGCAGCCGAAUCCAAAGGAUGUCCUUGAUCUUUUGUUGCCAAUAUAAGAUUAAUGUAUACAUUAAUAAAUAUGAUGAUUUAUAACAACUUCAGUGAGAGUGAGAAAGUGUACUGUGGUAAUAUUACAAUAAUGUUUUAAUGAAUUUAGGACAAAACUGAUAUUUAUACUAUACAAUUUGUAGAUUAAAAACUUACUAAUGAAGUAAAAACCUCACGUGUAGGUAGAUGGUAUAUUAUUUCCAUCUAAAUUAUAUACCAUCUACCUACACGUGACGUUUUUACUUCAUUAGUAAGUUUUUUAUUAUGGUAUACAGCCAAUGAGAGGAAUCUUUUCCUUUUUAUUUUUUUUUUAUUUUAAUUUGUAGAUUGUUAAAAAAAUAAAUAUUUAUAAUUAUAUAUAAA